UGCUCCUCCAUAUUCUACCUCUAAGGGGCGCAAAUAUUCUUGCUCUCCCUGGGCUCUAAACUGCUCGGUUAGGGUUAGGCUCUGUUCAAACAGCAAAUCACAGCACACGGGAGAGCUCCCCAGUCAUUCUGGCUUUGUAGCUGUCUCGCCCUCAUUUCCAUGGAAAGCAGAAACCCUGCCAGGAAGCAGCUGAUACUAUCCCCUUGCUGCUGGGUUGGGCAUGGGAACGCCCCCUGCCUGCAGCUGCCUUUAUAGAGCCCAGUGUGCUGCUGCUUGUGCCACUCUCCGGAGCUAGCAUGUCCCCCAUGCCCAAGGCGGCCUUCGUAGGCAUGCUCUUCUUCUGCCUGUGCCCCAGGCACCAAACAGUCCUGCGGGCCCAGGCGCUUCAUGUGCCCACGAGGUGCAUGUGCUUGAAGUUCCAAGAGAAGGUUAAUCCCAGAUUCAUAAUGGAUUUCCAGAUCAUUGAGAAGGGAGCCCACUGCCACCGCCAUGAGAUCAUAUUAACCGUGAGGCUCGAGAGAGGCCCGAGAGAAACAUGUCUCGACUUAUCCAAGAAGCAAGGGAAGGAUCUGCUGCAUUGCUGGAAGAGGAACCUGAAGAACCCCAGGAAGCAGCACCACUGCAUGAGGAGGGGGCAGCGACACAGGACCAGGGCAAAGCAAUGAGCACGAUGCACAGGUACUGGCAUCUCCAGCCCUGCAGACAAGGGGACCCGACUUUCAAAAGGCUCUCAGUGUGCUGCAUCCUGUGGUCCCUUGGCGCCAGAUGCUUUUUGUUUUCUGCUUGUAUUUCCCAAGCCUCGCUGAUCUGUCCCAGAGGCAAGCUGACCCGUGGCUCUUCCAUCCCCUGCAUGUUCAUAUGGAUACGGGCUUCCAUUGCUUUGACUCCGUACUGCUCCGCUUCAUUGGAGACAGGUCGACAGCCGCCUUCCACCCCGACUGGGGGAAGCCUGCGCUUCCCCGCGUUUGGGCACCAACUUUAAAGCAGCCCACCAGCAAGCGACUGUAAUUCCGCCCAGGGUGUUAACACAUUUCACAAGGACAUUCAUCCCUGGCACGUCACCAGCUUUCAUGAAAGCCCUGCCUCACUCCUCUCCUACCGGACACAACUGGCUGAUUCUUUGGGGUUCAGGCCCUCUGUUCUCCCCUGGGAUGGCUGUGAGACAUUCCACUCCAUAUGUUUUAUGGAAAUAUGCUUAUGAGUGUGAAUAUUCUUUCUGCAAAAGGUCUCUUGUAAGGUAUCAUACCAAAGGUUAUAAACUACUGAAAUAUUCCUCCUAUUUGUAUGCAUUGUGACAAAGUUCCUCCUCUACCUUGGUGGGUCCUGUGCUUAUUGGCAGAUUUGCUCACCUCAGUGAUCUUCCCCUCUGGUGGAACCCACAGUCUGG